AUGACGACCGCCCAGGAUCAAACAUCGACGGGCGCGGCGCCACCGCCCCAGCUGGCGCCACUCCCAGCUGGCGCGGGUGCCACGCUGCCCCCACUCAGGCCGUCCUCCGGCGCGCCCAUGCGGCAGCGCCUGCUGAACCCAAGCUUCAACGCGGGUGCGCCACCAAGCGCGACGGAGCAAGCAGCACAAGGCCUCGGCACGUCUCCGCAAACCACUGUUGCUGCCGCCGCCAGCUCGCCGUCGCUCGCACCCUCCGGCACGCCGCGUGCUGGGGUCGCUGGCCCAGGAGCUGCCGCGGAGCCUCCGUCGGCCCGGCUCCGAGACGCGCCGGCGACGCCGAGUCAUCAAGCUGACACGACUGAUCAGGCCCAGCUGCACGCCCCCGCGCCUGGCCUGCAAGGUGGGCCGGCGCCUGAGGUGCCAUCGACCGGCGCAGCGAUCCCUGCAGCGGGCGCGGGGAAACCAUCGAGACGUGGACAGCCGGCGGCAGGCCAGGGUUCACGGCGCCAGCUCGACUUGCCGCACCCGCCACAGGGAGGGCAGCGCCGCGAACUGCCAGUCCCGGCCCUGCAAGCCGCCGGUGCGCAAGAGGGCGGGCUGCGCGGGACUGGUGCGGCCAAAGAGUACGUGGAGAAUUACUCCACGGGGCAGUUCUACCGGGUGAAAGGCGGGACGCGCAAACCACCAGCGAGCAAAUCCCUGGACAGGGCUUUCGCAGGCGAAGAGCAAGGGGACGUCGCAGCGCUUGUCCCGGCGGACGGCCUGCAGCGCGCCGUGCACGCGUCGAACAGGACGGCUGGGAGAGUCUCCGAGGGGCUGCUUGCGGGCCUCGCCAUCGCCAUGCUCCUGUGGGUGUACAUUUUGGACUCGAGCAGCUCCCUGCCGACUGCCCUGUCGUCCUUCCUGUCCCAAUACUCGGAGGGUGCGGUUGCAGUGAGUGCAAGUUUCUUCCUGCUGCUCGUCAUGGCUGUCAGUCACACGAGCUAUGACCUCCUGUGCGCGCGAGGCCGCCGUCACAGGCUGCGGGCCAAGGGGGCAGCGCCAACAGCUGUCCGAGCUGCGCUGACGAUCGCACUUGUCUGCUACAUGCUGGCCUUCCUCUCCAGCACCAUCAUCGUUCCCCUCGAGGUGCGCUGGGCCUUCCGACAGGAAGCCGACUCGUCGUUCUUCACGUCGCUCUCCGACUCUGACGAGGGAGUGCUGACCCUGUGGCACGUUGGCAACGUUGUGCGCAACGCCUUGGCCUUGCUCGGCUGGGGCGUUCGCGCUGCGAUGCCGGUUCUGGGCGAUGGAUGA